CGAGAAAAUUUGCACUCACUGCACAUAUCAAGUUCCAUCGCAUAGAAAGGCAACACAUUGAUCCUUGAGCUCGCUGGCCCACACAAAUUGGAGUAUAAACUGUUAAUAAACAUGCUUUCAUAUAAUUUUAGAAUGCUUAGGACACCAAGUAAUUUGUGCUUGUCUUCAGCUUCUUUUGUAAAUACCUUUGUAAGGGCAGCGUCAUUUCAAGCUCAGCUUGCGGAAUUGAAUUUUGUAAACGGACGAAGGUCGAAGCCAAAUGAUGCCGGGAACUGUGAAGUUAUUGAUUCUAUCGAGCCAAGAAGCGGAAAAACUCUUGGACAGUUCUACCUUUCGGGAAGGGAAGAAGUUAGCAGAGCUAUUGACAGUGCAAAAAUUGGACUUGAUAUUUGGAGAAAAAUUUCAGAUUUUGACAAAUCAAGAAUUAUGCAAAAUGCUGCAGGGAUUUUGCGAGAAAGAAAGGCAGACAUUGUAUAUCUUGAUGCCAUUGAUACAGGGCGUGUGAUUUCAGAAUGUGAAAUGGAUGUUGACGCUGCCAUAGAAAGUUUAGAAUUUUAUUCUUCAUUAUUGCAUGUGCCUUUCGGCCAGCAUAUUCCAUUUCAAGAUGGAUCAUUUGCAUAUACAAGAAGAGAGCCUCUUGGUAUCUGUGUUGGUAUCGGGGCUUGGAACUUCCCAUUUCUAAACAUUGCUUGGAAAGUUGCCCCUGCUAUUUCAUGUGGAAAUGCUGUUGUUUAUAAGCCAUCGCCUUUUACACCAGUGUCAAGUGUAAUAUUUGCUGAGGUUCUUCAUGAAGCUGGCCUACCUCCAGGUGUCCUUAAUGUCAUCCAAGGAGGUGCUGAAACUGGUUCUUUGUUGUGCAGGCAUGAGCAUGUUGCAAAAGUUUCAUUCACUGGCAGUGGAACCACAGGCACUAAGAUUAUGCAAGCAUGCGCAGAAGGCAUAAAACGUGUCACCCUAGAGCUUGGUGGAAAGUCUCCUUUGGUAAUAUUUGCUGAUGCAGAAUUGGAAAAUGCUUUAAAUGGAGCAUUGCUUGCCAAUUACCUUACCCAAGGACAGGUUUGUUCAAAUGCUGCACGAGUUUAUGUACAACGACCAAUAUUUGAUGAAUUCUUGGAGAAAAUAGUAAAAAAAGUGAAUAAUAUCACAGUUGGUGACCCACUCAAGCCAAGUUCACAGAUGGGAGCUUUAAUUUCUGAGGAGCAUUUGCAAAAAGUUCUUGGCUACGUUGAUGUUGCAAAGAAAGAAGGUGCAAGAAUACUAUGCGGUGGCGAGCGGAUGCGGCUUGACGACCCAGAGUUACAAAAUGGCUUCUAUAUGUCACCAUGCGUCAUGGAUAAUUGUAAUGACCAGAUGACCAUUGUCAAGGAAGAGCAUUUCGGCCCUGUCAUGUCGGUUCUGGCGUUUGACACAGAAGAAGAGGCAAUUGCACGCUCGAAUGACACAAAAUAUGGUUUGGCGGGAGGGGUUUUCACCAAGGAUCUCCCACGGGCACAUCGCUUCAUUUCAAACCUUCAAGCUGGGUCUUGCUACAUCAACACAUACAAUAUGUACCCUGUUCAGAUACCGUUUGGAGGCUACAAACAGUCUGGAUUUGGCAGGGAAAAUGGAUUGGCUGUUCUUGAUGGUUAUUCACAAGUUAAAUCAGUUUAUGUUGAAAAUAACGAUGUAUCACCACCGUUCUAGAGUUAUAGUAAAACGAGAUUGAUUUAUAAUUGUACCCUAACUCCAAUGAUUCGCUUAUAGAGUAGUGGGCUUAAAAUUUGCAUACCAUCAUCCAAGGAUUUGGCAUACGGUAUUUGUUUCCGCGAUGUUUGAGGGGGAGGGGGGGGAGAUGAAAUAUUCAAAAGCAAAUCGAUUGAUCUACCAAAAAUGUUUACUAAUCUCAACUGCUCUUGAGAGCACAAAAGGGUUUUUACAAAAGCAACUGUACGUACACCGCCUUUGCAAGAAUUUGUUCAGUUUUGCAGCUCUUGCUCAAUGAUAUGAUAAUACAAUAACCAUUUAAUUUCGUAUUGAUUGUAGAGGUCCUUAGCUUGUGGUCAUGGAGAUUCUCCUUAGCUUGUGGUCAUGGGGAUACCAUAAUCCCUUGCGUUUGUAGAAAACCCUGGCUUGCCAGCAUAAUCAUUUGCUAUUGUGAUGUCUAACUAGAGUAAAUCCAGUGAUCUGUAUGUGAUAAAGAGACUACCUUAAAAACCUUAAGGACAGAGGCGAUCUUCCAAAUGGAAUGAAUAGUUGAAUGACUUUAUUCCCAGGAUUUAUGAUCAGAAUUACAGAGCCUAGUGACUAUAUAUCUUAGCCUAAAGGAUAAUAAUCUACUUGAUUGGUUGCUAAAGGGAACUUUGUCAUUUGCUGUUGAGGUGAAUGUAAAAUGAGA